AUGGCCUUGCGUGGAGUCAACCUACCUCUCGCUUGGGUCGGUCAAGAGAAGAUCCUAGUAGAUGUUUUCCAAGAGAUUGGCCUCACCGAUGAAGAAAUCGCAACUUUUUUGAGUGGUCCGGCAUUUCAGGCUUGGAACCGAUUCGGUAAUAUUCAGGGCUUUUGGCACGGUGACCUUCCCCGGUCAUGGAUCGACCAACAGUUCGAAUUACAGAAAAAGAUUGUGCGCCGGAUGGUAGAGCUUGGCAUGACACCGGUUUUGCCUUCGUUUACUGGGUUUGUUCCUGCAAAUACGAGCCGCGUUUUUCCGGACGCAGAUAUCAUUCACGGGUCACAAUGGGGUGGCUUUCCUGUUCAAUACACGAAUGAUUCGUUCUUGCAGCCCUUUGACGACCAUUUCGCCGAGCUGCAGCAUAGCUUCAUCAGCAAGCAGAAUUCUGCAUAUGGCAACAUUAGCCAUAUUUAUACUCUUGAUCAGUACAACGAAAACACCCCUCCGUCGGGUGAUUUGGAUCUCCUCCGGAACAUCUCCCGUGGCACAAUGAAGAGCCUCAAAGAAGCUGACCCCGAUGCGAUUUGGUUGAUGCAAGGGUGGCUAUUCUAUGCUCUUUCUUCCUUUUGGACCAAUGAUCGAGUUGAAGCUUAUCUUGGAGGCGUUGAAAAUGAUGAGGACAUGAUCAUCUUAGACUUGUACUCAGAGUCGAUCCCCGAAUGGCGUCGAACCAAAUCUUAUUUCGGCAAGCCGUGGAUUUGGUGCCAACUUCACGAUUUUGGAGGAAACAUGGGUCUGUAUGGACAGAUUCUGAAUGUCACCCAGAACGCGACUCAAGCACGGCUCGAAUCUCCGUCAAUGGUGGGCUAUGGGCUGAGCCCUGAGGGUCAAGAAGGUAACGAAAUCAUGUACGACCUACUUUUGGAUCAAGCCUGGUCCUCCGAGGCCAUUGACACGCAGCAAUACUUCCAUGAUUGGGUUUCAAGCCGUUAUGCCGGGUCUGGAUCUGUUCCUCGCGGGCUUUACGAAGGGUGGGACCUGAUGCGAUCGACGGUGUACAACAAUACCAAUAUGACCAACAUAGCCGUCAUCCAGCCAAUAGUGGAAGCGCAGCCAGGUAUUAAUGGUGUCCUUGGAAGGACCGGAACCCAUCCUAGGGCUCUUACAUACGAUCCCGCGGACCUUGUCAGGGCGUGGCAGUCAUUAUACCAAGCUGCUCAUGCGGAACCAGAGCUGUGGCAUAAUACAGCUUAUCAGCAUGACAUGGUUGAUGUAACUCGCCAAGUCCUUGACAACGCUUUCAUCCCACUGUAUACGGAUCUAGUCACGACGUACAAUGAAUCCAAUGCGUCUUCAGAUACUUUGUCGAAAAAAGGACGGACAAUGCUCCGUCUUCUGGGUGAUCUGGACGACGUCCUUCUUACCAACGAAAACUUCCGACUCUCAAAAUGGAUAAACUCUGCAAGAUCUUGGGCUCAAGGUGACAAGAAGCAGGCCGCCUUCUAUGAGUAUAAUGCGCGCAAUCAGAUUACACUAUGGGGACCAAAUGGCGAGAUCACCGACUACGCCUCAAAGGGAUGGGCCGGUCUGGUUUCCACGUAUUAUGUUCCUCGUUGGCAGAUAUUCAUCGACUAUCUUAAAUCCACUCCGACAGCCUCAUAUAACUCCACGGCAUUUUUCGAGAAGUUGAGAGCUUUUGAGCAGGGGUGGCAGGAAGAGACUUGGACGGCACCUGAGCCCACUGGAGGUGAGAUAGACCUGCGAAAGGUGCUAACCCGUAUCCACGGUCGGUGGCCUUCGGUAUUUGGGGCCAAGUAG